CGAAAAAGUAACGCAAAAAUCGUGCCGAAUUAAAGUAAGAAAUUUCAUUGUUAAAAUCAACAAAGUCACAUCUUAAAUCAACAAUUCUUUUACCUAUAAUUUCACUGAAUUCAUUGAAACAAUCAAAACUUGAGUAAAAUGUCAAUAAAGAUCCAAAAAAGUUGAAAAUAUUCUACGGGGCUUGGGAGAGAAGAAAAAUUAAUGAUCAGAUUUUCACUUUAGUGUUUGAUCGCGAUUUUAUUUAAAAAUCAAAUUACGCUUUUUGUAAGGUUCUUCUGACCUUUUUCAUCGGCAUCAAACUAACAAAUUCGCGAUUCCCACUGAGACAUUCAUUUUUAACAAGGAGAAAAAUUGAAAUACAAUUUUCAAAGACCUCAAAAAAAAAAGUUUUAAGAAAACCAACAACAAAAAAAAGAAAUAUAGACAGCAACGAGGGAUUUUAUAAUGUCCCAUUCACCGAUUAAUUCACUGCUGGAUCAUGGAUAUGCAUCACAGAUGCAAAUGCCGGUACAAAAGCGAGCAUAUCAAAGGAUACCAGCUGCAGCAAAGCAGGAAUCUGCACAAAUUACAACAUAUUAUCGCACCAUAAAACGUCAAUUACCACCAAGCAGUACAAAUUCACCAUCAGAACAUCACAUGCCAGCUUCAUCGUCAAAGCAAAGUCCACCAACAAAAGUAGCAAGAAAAAGUAAUCGGACAUCAGUUUCACCUGCAAAAUCAACAGCCAGCUCAAAUGGAGGAUUUUCUGGAAGUGGAAAGAAAGUUCAUGGACGACAUUCAAUUGCCAGUUCGUCUUCAUUUGACACAGGCUCUCGUUAUGAUACUUCGCUUGGACUGUUGACAAAAAAAUUUGUGGAUUUACUUGAAGCUACUGUUGAUGGAAUUAUUGACUUAAACGUGGCAAGUGAGCAACUGAAUGUUCAGAAACGAAGAAUUUAUGAUGUUGUGAAUGUGCUUGAAGGUAUUGGAAUACUUGAAAAGAAAGUAAAGAAUAUCAUUCAAUGGAAACGGGGAAGCAGUUUAAACAACCUUGAUCGAAUCUCGGCAAUGCGCCAUAAUCUUGAUGAACUAAAGGAAAAUGAAAGACAAUUAGACGAUUUGAUUGCAGGGAUGAAAAGGCUUAGCAAGAAGCAGAAUGAAAGUAAACAAGCAUAUGUAACGUGUCAAGAUAUUUACGACAUCGAUAUGUACAAUGAGCAGGUUAUAAUGGUUGUGAAAGCUCCGCCAGAGUCACAACUCAUUCUUAUGGACGGUGAUCCUCCGCCACUUCUACUGAAGUCUGAUAAGGACGAAAUUGAUAUUUUCUUCUGUCCUGAUCCAAGUACUGGAGGCUUACAAGCAGCUAUUGCUGCAUCAGAUUCCGAUGACGAAGAGCCAUCAACAUCAACGCGCCAACAACAUAGAAAAGCUUCAUCGGCGUCAACACAAAGACGAAGAAAUGUUGGCUCGGCUCAGAGAAACUUGAGCAAAGCUUUCGAAGAGAUGAAUGAACCAAAGGUUGGAAAGUCAAAGAACAAUCUUUAUAAUGCUUUCAAUGCUACAGUUUUCCGUGAGUCUAGUGAAGACAGAAUCACUUCCAAUGAAGAUGUUGAAGAUGAUGAUGAUGCCAGUAAUCACUUAGAAGCCAGUUCUGUAACUACAAAGGACCUGAUGUUACUUAACGACCAGUCGAAUGAUCUGGAGCCAUCUUAUGGUAUAAAGAAAGACGUGAAGCUAUCAUUGGUAAGUCCACAAAAGGGUCUCCAAUUUAACAGCACAAAUUCAUGGAGUGAAAUGGCCGACAUGGAUAAUUUAUCACCAAACUUUCCAUUUUCACAUUCGGACGAUCCCACCAGUGGCUUCUUUCCACUUGAACCUGAUGUGGAAUACAAUUUUCUUCUUGAUGACACAGAAGGGAUCAUGGAUCUUUUCGACUUCAAUAAGUAAACUUUUCUAGCCUGUCUUUCAUCGCAAUAUAUCUUUGGAGAGUCAAUAAUCUUAUCAUUUAGCAAUCAUUUUCCACAGAAAAGUACUAAACAUUUCAUACAUAGUCUUCUCAUAUGCUCUUUGUUAAUUUAUUAGUUGGAAUUCUUUCUUUCUUUCAUUUCUUAUAAUUUUUUUGAUAACUGAAUUGAUGGAAAAUUUUAUAAUUUUCAUUGGAUGGAAAAAUGUUGAAGAUUAUUUUUUUGUUUUUUUGCCGUUUGAUUUUAUGACAUUACUUUUAAUCUUAUUAAAUUGAAGGUUUUUACAAAGAAACUUCAUUCUUGUCGUAUGAAAUUAGAAAAUGUUUGAAUCGUUCAAAUGGUAAAUUAGAAAAAAAGGAUAAAAAAUUAAUAAAAUCUUUGAACCAUCAAUCAUUGCUAUACCUAUUAUUGAUGAUUAGUUUAAAAAGUUGUUUAAACUGAAUUUGCGAAAAAUUAAAUGAAAAAAACAAAAAGAGAAAAAAAAUCUUUACAAAUUUUACGAUACGCUUAAGCAGUAAUUGACGCAAAGUUUAAAUAUAUUUAAAAGAUGAAAAAACUUGAUAAUGACUAAGUAUAAAUUGAGGCCGAAUGAAUUCAUGAAAGAAUAUUAAAAACUUUGACUUCAAAAUCCCUUAUAUUCAUUUAUUAUACUUCCGCCAUACGAAAUUUCAUUUACUAAUUAAUUUAAGUUAAAUAGUUAUAAGCUAACUCCAUCAUGCCCUGUUAUCUUCAAUAGAUUACAUUUGCAAAAUAAUGUAAUGUAAUAUUUUAAACAAAAAUUGUAAAAUCAACAAUAGACAAAACAAAAAAAAUGUAAUUAUUUUUAUCACAAGAAAUAAAUUUUUAAGUGUGCA